AUGGUGCCACCUUUCCCGGCACCAGCCUGCCGUUGCCUGCCGGCAGGUGGUGGUUGGAACUCUCCCUCCAUUACAACUGAUCUCCAGGUGGAGCCCAAACCUGGAGACCUUAUCGAGAUCACUCGUUUGGGUUACAAGCACUGGGCUAUCUAUGUAGGUUCUGGUUAUGUGAUCCACCUGGCGCCUGCAGAGUCAACUAAAUUGGAGAAAGUGAGCGGGGGAAGCGGGGGCUGGGGAAUUCAGCCAACCAGAAUGCGGGAAACAGAGGUUGCCCACGCAUGCUUAGAGGACAUUGCUGAAGACCUCGCGGUGCAAGUGGAGGAGACCCGGGGAACAGAUGAAAUAAAACCUGGGGACCUCAUAGAGAUCUUCCGCUCUUGCUAUCAGCACUGGGCCAUCUAUGUCGGAGAUGGCAAGGUAGUUCACUUGGCCCCUGAAUGCGACCGUCUCGCUAAUGGUGCUGCCAGCGUUUUGGCAGUCUUGUCUGACAGAGCUUAUGUGAAGAAAGACUGGUUAGAUGUCGUGGUACGGAAGGACCUGUACAGAGUGAACAACAAGCAUGACAGCACGCACUCGUUGGUACCGCUUGCCAAGAUCCUUCAAAGGGCAGAGGAGCUGGUGGGCAGCGAGAUGCCCUAUAACCUGACUACCCAUAAUUGUGAACAUUUUGUAAUGGACUUACGAUAUGGAGUUGCAAUGAGCGACCAGGUCACCGAUGCCAUAGCUGUGGGGACAAUUGGCAUGAUGGGUGUAGCGGCUGCCAUGCUCCGAUCUGCAGCCAAGAGACGCAAGCACCGCUAUGAAUAG